GCCGGUGGCCGAGCACGGGGGGGCGAGCCAGCGGGCCAGCGCUAGCGCCGAGCAACCGCCAGUACCCGCACAAGUACCCCGGGAACCGGCGGCGGCGUGUGCGUGUGGCCCGUGUGCGGGCGGCGGCGCGGGAGGAGCGCGGAGCGGCAGCCGGUUCGGGCGGGUGGCAUCAUGGACGAGAAGGUAUUCCCCAAGGAGCUGGACCAGUGGGUCGAGCAGCUGAACGAGUGCAAGCAGCUGUCCGAGUCCCAGGUCAAGAGCCUCUGCGAGAAGGCUAAAGAAAUCCUGACAAAAGAAUCCAAUGUGCAAGAAGUUCGAUGUCCAGUCACUGUCUGUGGAGAUGUGCAUGGGCAAUUUCAUGAUCUCAUGGAACUGUUUAGAAUUGGUGGCAAAUCACCAGAUACAAAUUACUUGUUUAUGGGAGAUUAUGUUGACAGAGGAUAUUAUUCAGUUGAAACAGUUACUCUGCUUGUAGCUCUUAAGGUUCGUUACCGUGAACGCAUCACCAUUCUUCGAGGAAAUCAUGAGAGCAGACAGAUCACACAAGUAUAUGGUUUCUAUGAUGAGUGUUUACGGAAGUAUGGAAAUGCAAAUGUUUGGAAAUAUUUUACAGAUCUUUUUGACUAUCUUCCUCUCACUGCCUUGGUGGAUGGGCAGAUCUUCUGUCUACAUGGUGGCCUCUCACCAUCCAUGGAUACACUGGAUCACAUCAGAGCACUUGAUCGCCUACAAGAAGUUCCCCAUGAGGGUCCAAUGUGUGACUUGCUAUGGUCAGAUCCAGAUGACCGUGGAGGCUGGGGUAUAUCUCCUCGAGGAGCUGGUUACACCUUUGGGCAAGAUAUUUCUGAGACAUUUAAUCAUGCCAAUGGCCUCACGUUGGUGUCUAGAGCUCAUCAGCUGGUGAUGGAGGGAUAUAACUGGUGCCAUGACCGAAAUGUAGUAACGAUUUUCAGUGCUCCAAACUGUUGUUAUCGUUGCGGUAACCAAGCUGCAAUCAUGGAACUUGAUGAUACUCUAAAAUACUCUUUCUUGCAGUUUGACCCAGCACCUCGCAGAGGCGAGCCACAUGUUACUCGUCGUACCCCAGACUACUUCCUGUAACGAAAUUUUAAACUUGUACAGUAUUGCCAUGAACCAUAUUUUGACCUAAUGGAAAUGGGAAGAGCAACAGUAACUCCACAAAGUGUCAGAGAAUAGUUAACAUUCAAAAAAACUUGUUUUCACACGGACCAAAAAGAUGUGCCAUAUAAAAAUACAAAGCCUCUUGUCAUCAACAGCCAUGACCACUUUAGAAUGAACCAGUUCAUUGCAUGCUGAAGCGACAUUGUUGGUCAAGAAACCAGUUUCUGGCAUAGCGCUAUUUGUAGUUACUUUGCUUUCUCUGAGAGACUGCAGAUAAUAAGAUGUAAACAUUAACACCUCGUGAAUACAAUUUAACUUCCAUUUAGCUAUAGCUUUACUCAGCAUGACUGUAGAUAAGAAUAGCAGCAAACAAUCAUUGGAGCUUAAUGAACAUUUUUAAAAUUAAGUACCAAGGC